CAUGCACCGCCGCACGCAACCAACAAAUAUUGCCUGUCCCCACGUCAACCAGCACUCUACCCCCCACGAUCGCGCUGCACCCGGUGUCGCGUCCGUCUACCACCACCAUGACUGACUUGCUACCUGUACCAGCCGUGGACGUCUGCAAUGUCCCCAUCACCAGUCCGUUGGGUAGACUCCGCAUGGCCAUGAAGAAUACAAGUUACACGCAAAUGAAUGCGUUCUUUGACGCUUUUUUGAUCUUUUUCAGCGAUGAACAUUUGAGCGAAGAACCACAAGAAGACGAACGUCGCCUAGAAUACAACAGCGGCUGGGACGGCGUAGGCACUGGGGUGGUGAUGGACAAUUAUUCCGCGCUAUGGGUGCCCGCGGGAGAGAUGCAGCGCGCGCGGGCGGUGGUCCCAUGCCCGUGGACUAUCGUGGACCAGGAUGAUCCCAGUCAGCCCACUAUUGCUGAGUGGAUCUCGGAUAAACUUCGUCGCAACGGACGCGUAGGCGGCGACGCACGUCUAACUUCCGUCGGCGAGUGGGGCUCCCUUCACGCCUCGCUACACUCGGUCGGGCUUACGCUCAUCUCCAUGCCUACGCUGCUGGACCAGCUGUGGGCCGACGAGCCAGACCUCAAUCGACGAAGACCGGAGUUCUCUAGGAUCGUUGCACAGUUGCAUCAUACUGACUAUACCGGUCUCUCCUGGCGCGAAAAAGUACUUCUAGUCCGAAACGAACUAACAGCCAACGGCGCAGACGCCAUGGUAGUGACAGCUCUGGACGAAGUCGCGUGGCUUCUCAACGUGCGAGGGAAGGACACACCUCACGCCCCCCUGCUCAAGGCCUUCGUCUUCGUCAGCCUGAAAGAAGUUCGGGUCUACGCCCCACCUGGGAAGCUCUCGAUGCCCGUCAGAGAAGCAUUGGCUGUCUACAAUUGCUUUAACACCAAUAAUAAUUGUACUAAAGUUAUCGAUUACGCAAAUAUUUACGCCGACCUCAGGCGAACCACAGAAUCCAAAGUUCUGAUUCCGAUAGCAGGAACGUUCCAAAGAGGAGCGUCUGCAGCUAUCUCACAAGCCGUUCCUUUGGGGAAGAGGCUGUUUUUGCCAUCGCCUAUAAUUUAUUUGAAAGCACAGAAGAAUGAGGCCGAAAUAAAGGGCAUGAAAAGAGCACACCUGAAAGACGCGGUUGCGAUGUGUACUUUGCUUAAUUAUUUGGAGAACAUUGGUAAAUCUGGCCUCACAGAAAUAUCUGUAGUGACAAAAGUGGACGCAACACGGGCCACACAAGCGGGUUUCAACGGCAAGUCCAUGGUGACACGCGUGGCGUUCGGGCCCAACGCUGCCAUCCCCGACUACCGACCCACUAAUGUUACUAACCGACGGAUUUUUAGUAACUCCACCCUAAUUAUCCAGUCCGGUGGACAGUAUGUUGAGGGAACAACAAUAGUAACACGUACGCUGCAAUACGGGGUCCCAUCCAAGGAGAUCCGCCGUGCUUACACCACAGUCCUACGCUCCCUCGCUGCUAUGGCAACCUUACAAAUCCCUGCGACUUUGCCUGCUGCCCACACAGACCCAGUCGCCAGAGCACCUUUAUGGAUAGCUAAGCAGGAUUACUUGCAUCCUACUGGAUACGGAGUGGGAGCUGCUUUGAACAGACGUGAAGAUCCAGUAGUUAUUGAUUAUCGGCAGGACACAAAUCUGCAUACUUUCAGGGAAGGAUACUUCAUUACUAGUG